AUGUCUGGCUACGACCGAGCGCUGAGCGUAUUUUCGCCGGACGGACAUGUUUUCCAGGUUGAGUACGCCAAAGAAGCGGUAAAGCGUGGUACCUGUGCGGUUGCUGUGAAAGGUAAAGAGGUGGUUGUUUUGGGAGCCGAACGGCGGUCCGCUCUCAAGCUCCACGAUACACGCACCACGCCCUCUAAAUUGUGCAAGGUCGAUGAGCAUGUGACCCUUGCUUUUGCUGGACUUAGUGCAGAUGCACGAAUUCUGCUCGACAAGGCCCGAGUUCAGGCCCAAAGCACUAAGCUUACUCUUGAGGAUCCGGUGAGUGUAGAGUUCAUCACAAAGUAUGUGGCUGGUGUCCAGCAAAAGUAUACGCAGAGUGGUGGUGUGCGGCCUUUCGGUAUUUCCACGUUAAUUGCUGGAUUUGACCCCAACGAUCGUACUCCACAGCUGUAUUAUACCGAGCCCAGCGGCAUCUAUUCGGCAUGGAAGGCGAACGCCAUUGGUCGCUCGUCCAAGACUGUUCGCGAGUUGCUGGAGAAAAACUACGAACCCGAUAUGGAUGAAGAGCAGACCCUUAGGCUGGCCGUUAAGAGUUUGUUGGAAGUCGUUCAAACUGGUGUUAAGAAUAUUGAAAUUGCUGUUAUGAGACCAGGACAGCCCAUGGACAUCGUCGACGCUGAGCGUCUUGAUGCCGUUGUCACUAGUAUUGAAGCUGAAAAGGCCGAAGCAGAAGCAAAAGCAAAAGCCCGUCCUGUUCGUCGGGAGCCCUGA